AGCAUUAGGUCCUGUCCAGUGUGAUUGCAAAACAACCCAGUUAGCUGUGAGAAUAAAAAAGGAAAAAAGCUCCUGCCAAGUUCUGUCCCGAAAGCCCUGCCCGGUGAAAUCCUUGUUUCUGUGACUCCCUUUUUCCCACUCCCCUGAUUCCUCUCUUUUCCUCUCCUCACAGCCCCCCUAUAAUACCAAGAAUAGAGAAGGAACUGGGACGCAUCUGGACUGCUGGAAAUGAAACUGGAGAGACACAAGUCAACCACACUAAGAUUUACGAGGGGUGUGCCUGCCUGGCUGGCACAGCAGCAAAGUUAAUCUCUAAGUGUGCACAGAGGGACACAUCUCCUUAACAACAUGCAGCAUUGACAAAAUACUUUCACUUUCCUGGCUUUCACAGCUGUUGUGGACUCCACCUGCACCCACCUCUGUUUCUAGAUGCUCUGACAUCUCUAAAUACCGACCAGGAGGAAGACACAGACAGGCAGGCCGGCCAGCAAGAUGGAGGAAUUCUCUACCAGCAACACAGACGGGACAGAGACAUGUGCCAAGGAGAUAGAUCAUGGGACUGUGAGGCCCAGGGGCUCACAUGGGGACCAGCAGAGAGUUAAAGUUCAACUCCAGUCUGAUAACACAGAUGCACCGCCACCACCACCGGAUAAACACUCCAGCAAUGGCUGCCGUGCAAUGGAGUCUCUGGAUGCUGGAUGGAGGCAGAGAGAGUGUGUGACUGUGCCUGCCAGUAAACCUUCGGGUUGCUGCUGUAACGCAAGCUGCAGGAAGGGCCUUGGGCCUUGUGUACUGUGCUGCAGUCAGAUCACAGACGUUUGCCAGGACCCUGACAGUAACACUGCAGUCCAGAGAGCAGGGAUUUCACCUCAGACGUACACAGCUGAUAAAACAGGAUAUGAUACACAGAGCAUUGAAGGUACUGUAGUGCAUCACGACACAGAUGUAUGCCGGAGUGUCAUGGAGUUGGAGUCAGAGGAGUUGUCUCCUCUGUGUAAUGCAAUGACACUAUCAGGUGGGGGCAGUAACAAGAACUGGUUACAGGGCUUGCUCUACCCUGGUACCUCCUUAGGUUAUGAUAGAGGCAAGGAGGCUAUAGGGGGCAAGGUGUCAGGCUCAGAAUUCUCAAUGUCCUCAGCGCCAUCUUCCACAGGAGUCACUACGGGCAGCUUUGCCUUCUGUCUGGUGGAGGAGGUGACAUCAUCAACAGUCACCAACACCAGCUCUGUCCAUAGACUCAGAGAUGGCCACAUCAGCCCAGGGGGAAAAGCCGAAACUAAAAUGUGCUCUACAUUGGCACUCCUUCCCGCUAGCCCUUCCGAAAGCCCCACGGCUUUAAAGAUGGCCUCAGACAAGACUGAGGAUAACUUUUCAUAUAAUAUGCAAGAGUGUUCGACGGUCCUAGUCCGUAGGUUUUUAAGGGAAAACCAGAGGGUGAAGAAGUCGAUGUGUACAGGAACCAGGGCUAUCAUCAGGACGUUACCCACAGGGAGGAUCGGUGAGGAGGCGUGGAACACUGUCUGCAGAAGGCAGCCCCUCCAGGUGUGGGAUGAGGAUGGCCACCAAACUUCUGGGGGAUACAGUGGACACAGUUCAACCUCUCAGAGUCUACAUCUGCAAGUGUGUAAACGUCUCCUUGGAAAAACAGCAGACUUGUUUUUUGAGGCAUGCCAUGCCCUGAGUUCUGAUGUAAGGGUGGCCAGUUCAGGAACUCUACUCCUGUCUUCCAGGAAGCUGCUGUCUGCAGAGAGGAGGGCCACAUUGCCAUGGCCGGAAGGAGGAGGGGCGUGUAGCUACCGAGCAACCCUACAGAGGACUGACCUUUCUGCCUACAUCUCAGGGACCCUGCUGGAAGUGGUUCUGUCCAUCGGCAACACGGCCGUCAAUGACUUCUCUCCUCCCUGUAUCACCACCAGUCCCUUGGGCUGGGCUGUCCUGAAAGAGCGUCAACUGCACUCCCCCAUGGUGGGAUCCAGCGUGGUGCCGGCGGCUCCACUGACGGAGGUCAACAAGGAGCUGUCUGACCUCCAACCCCUGGUCAGUUUCCCGGAGGAGAUGGCCUACAUCCUCAUGGAUCAGGAGCUGCAGCUCUACAGCCGGAUCCUACCCCAGGACUAUCUCUGCUUCCUCACCCUCGACCUGGGGGGCCCUGGCCAGCCACAGCAACCUGUACAACCUCAUCUUAUGGCUGGCUGCAGUCGGCCCCACAACGCAGUAGAGGACCUGGUCACAAGGUUCAAUGAGGUGAGUUCCUGGGUGACCUGGAUGAUUCUGACAGCAGGUUCUAUGGAGGAGAAGAGAGAGGUGUUCUCAUGUCUAGUCCACGUGGCCAGGUGCUGUUGGAACAUGGGAAACUACAACACUGUCAUGGAGUUCCUGGCUGGACUCAGGUCUCGCAAGGUGCUAAAGAUGUGGCAGUUCAUGGAGCAGUCGAACAUCGAGACCAUGUGUGCCCUGAAGGUUGCCAUGGCGCAGCGCGAGACGUCUGCAGAGUACAGGAAGGUGGUCUCGCGUGCUCUCCUCACCCCGGGCUGCAGGGUGGUGCCCUUCUCUGGGGUCUUUCUGAGAGAGCUAGGGGAGGCCCUGGAUGGAGCAGCUAGCCUGAUCAACCUCAGACCACGCCUCAGCUCACAGGACUCUGUGGAGUUUGUCUCUGACUACAACGGACAGGACAACUUCCUGCAACGGGCGGGGCCAGAUGGGCUCAACCAAGCAGAGAAGGAAGCAACCAUCAACAACAUCCUCCAGACCAUCCGUAGCUGCAACCGCAGUAUGAAGUCUGAGGAUUGGGAGGAGACUGGAGGGUCUGGUGACGGGAGCAUCACUGGCUCACGUAAAAACUCCUUCAAGGAUGGCAACCACAACCAGUUCACCGUGGGCGAUCUCUCCGAGUCUGCGGGUGAUCUAUCACAGGUUAAAGACCCAGACUUCCAGGGUAUGGGUGAGAGGACUCAGAAGGCCUUUGCCCACGGUACAGAGCUCAUGCCCUGGUACGUCCUCUCCCUCCACCCCCACGUACACCACUUCCUCCAGCAGGGCACUACUGUGAUCCACUAUGACCAGGACUCCCACCUCACCGCCCGCUGCCUGCUCCGUCUCCAACCCGACAAUUGUAUCCUCACCUGGGCCAAGCUCCAGAGUGAGGGCCUCCCUGGUUCUAGCCCCGGCCCUGACUCCUCAAUGCUCCGGAGCCCCACUGGGUCAGGGUACUGUGGGAAGCUAAUACUGAACAGCCUGGCGGAUGGAUUCCUGGAUCUCUCUGUGGCGAAAGCUGUCUUCAUGGGCCAUCCUGGGGCUGACAUUCAGGCGGUAUGCCUGCAGAACAAGCUCUCAUUUGGACUGAGCCUGGAGGAGUGUGGGGUGACUCUGCUCUAUGGGCUCCAUACAACAGACAACAGGUUAUUACACUUUGUGGCCCCGAGAAACACAGCUAGGAUGGUGUACGCUGGGCUGGAGUCCCUGUUAGCUGUUCACAGGAGGAUGAGGAGGUUCCCUGACCAAAGGUUGCAGUGGCUCCGGAGGAAGUACGUCAACCUCUAUCAGGAGGAUGGCAGGUACGAGGGUCCAACUCUAGCCCAGGCCAUCCAGCUGUUUGGGGGCAGGAGAUGGAGUGUGGGUGCUGGUAGCAUGGAGAAGUCUGGAGCUCAGAAGAACAACCAUCUCACUGUGACCAAUCAGAAGACGGUUAACUCCAAUAAAAAUAAAAAGAAGGUUGGGACCAGGGGGGACAGUGGGGAUGCCACAGACGAUGAGAUGGUGUCACAGAAGGUGACGAGUGGUUGGGAUAUCCUAGGGCGGAAUGCACCGGACCUGACAAACAACAUGGACCAAGACCAGGAAGACAGAAGCACCUAUGGUUUCCCUGGGCCUCUCUCCUCCUCUUCCAGGGCCAUUAGCACCUCGACCUCCUCCAUCUCGUCCUCAGCUUCCAAUCACAAGGCUCAAACUGGUAAUAUGUCAAGUCAGACAAUAUCUAGCCGGGGUAAGAGCCAAUCAAAGAGCUUCCAGAACCUCAUGGUAUCAGAUGGCACCAUGAGCUUUACUGAGUUUGUUCAGCUUUUCCAGUCCUUCAGUAUCCGGAGUCGCAAGGACCUGAAGAAUGUGUUUGAUGCCCAUGCUGUGUCCUGUGGUCAGUCUGCCUCUGAGCCUGCUCCUCUCUACACUCACCUCCGCAUCGACGACAGAGUCACAGGAAUACAGACAGAUCUGGACCUUCUGACACGUAAUGGCCUGGACCUUGGUCUUUCCAUCUGGAUCAUGAGACACAUGUCAGACAAUCAGAAGCAUAUUUCAGACGCCAUAGCUUCUGCCAGCAUCGUGACCAAUGGUACUGGCGUGGAGAGUGCCUCGCUGGGAGCUCUGGGCAUGACCAUCAUGCACCUCAACGACUUCCUGGUCAACUGUCAGGGAGAGAACCACUCACAUGAUGAAGUCCUGAGAAUCAUCCAGACAUUUGAACCAUCUACCACUUUGCAUCAGAUUGGCUGGAUGUCCUUUGAGGGAUUUGCCCGGUAUCUGAUGGACAAGGACAACUCUGCUUCCAAACUGGAAGAGUCUCCGCUGAAUGUUGAAGAGCUCCAUUACCCUCUGUCAUACUACUACAUCGCUACAUCACACAACACCUACCUGACCUCCCACCAACUCAAGGGAGAGUCGUCUGUGGAGCUGUACAGCCAGGUGCUCCUCCAGGGAUGUAGGAGUGUUGAACUGGACUGUUGGGAUGGAGAUGAUGGCAUGCCAAUCAUCUACCAUGGACACACCCUCACUACCCGCAUACCCUUCAAGGAUGUGGUGGAGGCAGUGAACCGCUCUGCCUUCGUGACCUCUGACCUACCUGUGAUGCUGUCCAUAGAGAAUCACUGCUCCCUGCCGCAGCAACGCAAGAUGGCCGACAUAUUCAAGACGGUGUUUGGAGAUAAGCUGGUGACAAAGUUCCUGUUCGAAAGUGAUUUCUCGGACGACCCACAGCUGCCGUCACCAUGGCAACUGAGGGGGAAAAUCCUCCUCAAGAACAAGAAGCUAAAAGCUCACCAGACGCCAGUGGACAUCCUCAAACAGAAGGCUCACCAGUUGGCCCAGAUGCAUUCUCAGGCCAGUAGUGUGAUGCCUCCUCCCGUCCCAACCAUUGAGGAUCAGGAGGAAGAAGAGGAUGAGGAUGAAUAUGACUAUGAGUAUGAAUCCCUAUCUGAUGCUGACGCCCUGGCUUUAUCUACUGCUUCUUCUCUCCCAGAAGCAAUAAUAAUGUCUUUGGCUGGGAAUGUCUACAUUGAUACAGAUAAUAUCCUGGAGGAUAGGCCUGAGGGAAAGUCUCUUUCAGGGGAGAAGUUACAGACCAAACACAGUGACGAAGUCCCCAAGAAGUUGAAGAAAUGCGAGAGAGCGACUCACAACAAAGCAGAAACACAUGUAUUUGGCAAGGAGCUGGAGGAAGAGUUCAAGCUGCCUCGAAGCAAGAAGGAAGGACGCCAGAUAGCCCAGGAGCUCUCAGAUCUGGUGAUCUACUGCCAAGCUGUCAAAUUUCCAGGUCUAUCCACUUCCAGGGAGAAAAAAGAGAGACAGGAAGUUCUUUCUCCUAAAGGAAAGGGAAGGAGGUACAUCUUUGGGAAAGAUCCAGAGAAAGGUGUUCCAGGGGACCCAUCGACAGUGAUGCGCACCCCAGGGAGAGCAUCAGAGGGCCCCCGUUCCAACUGGGAAGAACCACCCACCUCCCCUCUGUACACCUGUAAUGCCUCCCUCAUCCACACCCCAAAGUGCUACCAUGUCUCCUCAGUCAAUGAGAACGCCGCCAAACGCCUGUGUCGCCGCUACGCCCAGAAGCUGAUCCAACACACCAGCGCCCAGCUCCUGCGAACCUACCCAGCAGCCACACGUAUCGACUCCACCAACCCCAGCCCCCUACUCUUCUGGCUGCAUGGAAUACAGCUGGUCGCUCUCAACUACCAGACCGAUGACCUUCCCUUGCAACUGAAUGCCGCCAUGUUUGAGCCUAACAGGGGUUGUGGGUACGUCCUGAAGCCCCCGGUCCUGUGGGACACCAGCUGCCCACUCUAUGGACACUUCUGCCCCCUGGACAGAGACCCAAGGGGGAUGAGCCCUGUCAUGUUGUCUCUCACUAUUAUCUCUGGUCAGAAUCUAUGCCCAGGGACUACAGCAGGCAGUCCAUGCAUCGAGGUAGACAUCCUGGGGAUGCAGGCUGACGGGUGUCACUUCCGCACCAAACCCGUUCACCGUAACCCCCUGAACCCCAUAUGGAACCAGAGAUUCCACCUCCCCCUGCUCAUGGCUGACCUGGCCUUUCUACGAUUUACCGUGGUGGAACACAACAGCUCCCAGACCACCGCUCAGAGAAUCAUAUCACUCAGAGCACUCAGGACUGGAUACAGACACGUGCAGCUGAGGAAUCAGCACAACGAGGUCCUGCCAGUUUCCAGUCUGUUCAUCUACAGCCGUACAUCUGAAGACAGCGGAACAGCAGGUUCACGGCCUGCAUCAUGGCUCUUCAGCACAGAGGAGCGUAGGGCUGCUGUGCAGUACAGAGUCACCGUCCAUGGAGUCCCUGGGCCUGAGCCUUUUACGGUGGUGGGUGUGAGUGAGAGGACCACUGCCAGAGAGCUCCUACACAAUAUCCUUCCAUCCCUCUCCUCCUCUACUCUAGUCUCCCUUCCUUCUUACUUCCUGAUGGAAGAGAGGGUGGCAUUGCCCCGUCAGAGGGGGGAGGCUCAGGGUGAGGUUUGGGGUGAGAGGGGGGAGGUUCGGAGGCCUCUCCUGCAGAGGACGAUCAGGCCUGAGGAAGAGAUACUCAGAGUUGUUGAGAGCUGGAACCCUGACGAAGGCUACCUGGGCAGAGUAUGCCUCAAAACGAGAGAAAAGCUUGUGAAUGAUGAGAAGCCAGUUAUAGAGGAGAUGGAGGUCAGCUGUGGACUGGAGGACAAUUCCUUUUUGGUGGAAGUACAUGGAGUGUCUCCUGACCAAUCACCAGUGACCCUCAGAGCUCCCAGACACAUCACAGGCCAUGACCUCAUCCGACAGACACUGAGGAAAGCCAGACAGUCCAGCCUCCUGCUGCCAGCGGGCAACGCCAGUGACUACAUUCUGAUAGAGGAGGUAGUCAAGGAGCCCCUGGGGCGCAGGCUCCCUGCCAGACCCACCCAGAGGAUCCUCCUGGACCAGGAAUGUGUAUUCCAGGCCCAGGCGAGGUGGAAGGGACAAGGGAAGUUCAUCCUCAGACUCAGGGAGCAGACUCAGGGAAAAGAGACAGCUCAGCAUGAAGACUGUGUCAGACCUGUUCGCGAGGAUCGGCGGAAAGGAAUAUCGUUGGCGAGCGAGUUGAAACGACUGACAGGCCGGAGCCGGGCCAUAUGGAUCGGGGCUCAUGCCUGCUCUGAGGUGGUGCACAGCAAUGAUGAGAGGGCCGUGUGCUGUCUGCAUCUGAGUGAGACCAGAGAGUGACGUUAGUGGUUCUCCUUCAUACCUGUUCUACUACACACACAGUGUAUUCAUAUUGAAUUAUAGGAUCUCUAUGUCCAACUCAUAGAGAUAAAUAAGUGCCCAAAAGCCUGUCUUAGCAUCGGCAGCGCCAUUGAGGACUUUCACAAUUCUUAAGUAGUCAACUGGGUGGAACUUCCUAUGGGUUAAGGAAGGAUCACACAAUUCCAUCCAGGUCAUCAGGAUGGACCAGCCAAUGAAUUAUGCAAACAUUCCAUAUCUGCAGGUGGCAGCAUAUUGUCAACCUUGGCUUUAUACCUAUCCAGACAACACACUUCAGGUGGCAGCAUAUUGUCAACCUUGGCUUUAUAUCUAUCCAGACAACACACUUCAGGUGGCAGCAUAUUGUCAACCUUGGCUUUAUAUCUAUCCAGACAACACACUUCAGGUGGCAGCAUAUUGUCAACCUUGGCUUUAUAUCUAUCCAGACAACACACUUCAGGUGGCAGCAUAUUGUCAACCUUGGCUUUAUAUCUAUCCAGACAACACACUUCAGGUGGCAGCAUAUUGUCAACCUUGGCUUUAUAUCUAUCCAGACAACACACUUCAGGUGGCAGCAUAUUGUCAACCUAAGCUUUAUACAUAUCCAGACAACACACUUCAGGUGGCAGCAUAUUGUCAACCUUGGCUUUAUAUCUAUCCAGACAACACACUUCAGGUGACAGCAUAUUGUCAACCUUGGCUUUAUAUCUAUCCAGACAACACACUUCAGGUGGCAGCAUAUUGUCAACCUUGGCUUUAUACCUAUCCAGACAACACACUUCAGGUGGCAGCAUAUUGUCAACCUUGGCUUUAAACCUAUCCAGACAACACACUUCAGGUGGCAGCAUAUUGUCAACCUUGGCUUUAUACCUAUCCAGACAACACACUUCAGGUGGCAGCAUAUUGUCAACCUUGGCUUUAAACCUAUCCAGACAACACACUUCAGGUGGCAGUAUACACCCCUUUCAGUUUGUUUACCAACUCAUAAAGUAGUAGAAGACGAAAAUUGACUAAUUCAAAAUGGAGAUGGCGCUGGCUAUGGUCUCAUAGAUGCCGUAAUGGGACAGAUGCAGUGUUGCGUCCUCUAUCUAACUCUAGGGUCCAACACUCCCUUGAGUUUCUCUAACUAACUCCAUGGUACAACCAAAUCCAAGUCUACCGCAUAACUUACAGCUAAACAACCUCGCUAGCAUCAUCAUUUGGGGCAGAGAACCAACCAAUCUGGGAACCGAUCUGAAGUGUAAAAAGUAAUAUUUUAUGUUCUCUGCUAUCGAUUGUUCAAUUGAUAGUAUUAUUGUAUGCUUGUAAUAUAAUGUUUGUGUGUUUAUCUCCCUUCACACACACUAAUUAAAGAUAUCCAAGAUGGGCUGACACUGGGAAGAUGUGGAAUUGGAGCAUUGCAACUCCUAGGUGUCUGAUGUGAUUUGGACCAGGCAAUAAACCUAAUCUACGUCUACCUAGAGCUGGAAAUGGCACCUUAUCGGCAUGUGCAUUUAUUCAAGCCUUGCAUUAGUUCCCCAAGCAAAUGCCUAACGAAAAUGGGGAGAAUCUCAAUUGGAUUUCCUUGCCUCCUUUUCGAAAUAAAUGCACUUGUCAUCAGGCAUAUUGCAUUUACAGAGGUGGAACCACAUUGUCUGUUAAAAACAGUAAGAUAAAUACACGUAGCUAGAGUCCAUUCCAUUCUCCUUUUUCUGUCCUUGUGGCACGCAGAAGACCCAGGUUCGAAUCCAGUCGGAGAUGAAAGACGAACACACUGACUGUAGGACAGACCAGCAGAUGGUGAUAUUGUGCUUUCCGAUGGAUACAUAAGACAUCAAUCUGGCAAGUUUGAAGUGGCUGGAGGAAAUGUGAAGAAUCUCAAUUAGAUUUCCUCGCGUCCUCUCCUCGCCUCCUUUGAGUCGAGGAGAUGAAAACAGGAAAUAAAUGUGCUUGUCAUCAGGCAAAUUAUGUUUAGAGGUGGAAUCCCAAAAUGCAUGUUUAAAGUGGUUUACAAAUUCUAGUUAUGCUAGACAUUUUAUAGAUAAAAGGAUAGAGUAUAAUUUUUAAAUGUGUACAUGCUUUUCCCCUCUGAGAAAAUAGUUGUUUCAAAGGAAGUGUGGCUGAUUUCAAAACACUUCUGCGGUAGGAUACACCCGAGCAUCCUUUGCCGGAGGUGGCAGUCGAGGAGAGGAGCCAAACUCCUUCGUUGACCUAUUAACACGCUCCUACAAAUGCCAAACACUUACUGGAUUCCAGGUCACGGAGGAGAGGAAGGACUUUUCCUAAUUGAGAAUCUUCCAUGGGCAAACUCAAAUAAUCACAGAUAAUUUCACCCAUCAUCCCUCAAAAUUAAUUUCUACAUUAACUCCAAACAUGUUUUAUUUUUUUCUCUCUAUUUUACAUUACUGCUGGUGUACAAUACUGUCAUAUUAGUAUAUUAAACAUUCUCAGUGCUUUGCUGUA